AUGAUGAAGCUCUUCAACAGGAAGAAGGAGGUGGUCGCAGACCCUACCUUUGAGAAAGAUGGCGCAUCUCCCGCCGAAACUCCAGCUACCUUGACACCGAGACGUCUUUCAGAAGACCCUAAAGUCGCUGCUCCUUUGCCCGCACAUGCUGAGGCCAGAGUUACUGUCAUCGCCGUUCUUCUAGGUGCUAUUGCUUCGGUUGGUGGAUUCAUAUUCGGAUACGAAUCUGGUCAAAUUUCAGGAUUUCUCCAGAUGUCGGAUUUCAAAGCCCGAUUCGGUGAAAACGGCGCAUUCAGUGCUGCUCGUCAAGGAACCAUUGUCGGUCUGCUCUCUGCCGGAACCCUCGUAGGAUGUCUGGCAAGUGGAUGGAUUUGUGACAAGUACGGUCGUCGAUAUACUAUUUCCGCCUCGGCCUUUUUCUACAUCAUUGGUGUUAUCAUCGAAAUCACCAGCGAUACACAAUGGGUUCAAUUCGCCAUGGGACGAUUUGUUGCAGGAUUAGGAGUUGGUGCCUUGAGUACUAGUGUGCCUAUGUAUCAAAGCGAGAGCGUACCCAAGAAAAUCCGAGGAACUGUCGUGGCCUCAUACCAACUGCUCAUCACCUUGGGUAUCUGGACUGCAUACAUGGUGAACUGGGGUACUAAAGGAACCUACGAAAACUCUGCCCAAUGGAGAAUCCCAAACGGUCUCUCUUCACUUUGGGCUAUUCUGCUCGGAGUCGGUAUCUUGUUCAUGCCCGAAUCCCCCAGAUUUGCCUACCGUAUGAACCGCGUAGACGAAGCUCGCAAGAACAUGGCUCGUCUCAAUGGCGUUGGUGAGCAUUCACUCCUCAUCGAAAGUGAGAUUGCCGAAAUCGAAGCGAAACUCGAAGAGGAACGAGAAGGCGGUGCUACCCGCUGGUACGAGGCCUUUACUGGCGAUCGGAUGCUGUAUAGGAUCAUUCUGGGCAUGGUAUUGCAAGCGGGCCAGCAACUCACGGGCGCCAACUUCUUCUUCUACUAUGGCACAACCAUCUUUCGCUCAACUGGUAUAUCCGACUCCUUCAUCACAUCGAUCAUUCUCGGCUCUGUCAACGUAGGAGCGACGAUUGCCGGUCUGUGGAUUGUCAAGAAUUGCGGACGAAGAGUCAGCUUGAUGUGGGGAGCAGCUGUGAUGUGCGGAUGCUUCGUGAUCUACUCAUUCCUUGGUCAUUUCGGCCUGGCCGUCGCCAAUUCGGGAUUUUCCCAAACUGCAGGCUACGUUCUCAUCGCCUUCACCUGCGUCUUCAUCGCUGCCUUUGCUACGACAUGGGGCCCGUUGGUCUGGGCUGUUGUCGGAGAGCUGUACCCGGCAAGAUAUAGAGCAACAGCCAUGGCUCUUGCUACCGCCUCCAACUGGCUCUUGAACUUCCUCAUCUCGUUCUUCACCACGUUCAUCACCAAUGAUAUCGACUACUACUACGGUCUUGUCUUCGCUGGCUCCUGCCUAGCGCUCUUCUUCAUCGUCUACUUCUUCAUGAUUGAGAGCAAGGAUCGAAGCUUGGAAGAAAUUGAUACCAUGUACAUCCUCAAGGUCGCCCCUCGCAAGAGCGCAAAGUGGACUCCUGCGGAUCAUGUGAUCGGUUCGGAACAUAAGGAAGCAACGCCAACCACUGGAUUGUUUGUGCAGCAGGAGGAGCACAGACCCGCAAACGAGCCCGAGAGCGCUGUAUAA